AUGAUAUAGUAAUGACAUUCAGAUUGUUGAUCCGCAUCUUUAGAUCCUUUGGAUCAUAAUGAACGGUCGUCUGACAACUGGCAUGGAUGUGACUGUAACUUUACAUCUGGGCAGGGAGAUAUGCAGCCUGAGUUGCGAGACAUAAACACCGGGACAACUUUGUUUAGUAUAUGCUACUUCUCUUGCGUAGUUGUGAUGAUGGCUUUUCGCAAUGGGCCCGGUCCUCCUCAAUGGAGGAGGGUAACGAUGCGUUCGGUACGGCAGAGGGUGGAGACGAUGUGUACGAGACAAGAAGCUGCAUACCAAAACAGGAUGGCACGCGUCAAUUAUCUUUGUGAUGCAGAUGUUUUGGCCCCUUUUCGAUACAUUCGAGGCUUGGGAGCGGGGAUGCGGCAGGGAGCUGAUUCGCGUAUCCGUCAGACGGCUUGCUGUGCCGCAAUCCUGCAUGCAGACCGCGUAGGAUCCGUAUCCAUUUUGCUAUCAAAACGGUGUUACCGUAAUGUUGUUUUCGUGGAACAGCUUUCUCGAGCGAGUUAUGUUAGACAUUUCAGCCAACUCAUUCACCUCAUCUAUCCUCACCCACUACUUGACGUAUUUGGGUGGAAAGCCCCGGGCGGCAUGAUAGGAAAGGGAAUGCGACCUCUGGGAGCUGAACAACCGCUGGAACACCCCUGUGGAGUGGCUGGACGACCCUUGGUGUGGAUAAUUACCACCAUGUAUUGCUUUUGACCCCGGCUUCCCCUGCAUAUCUGGCCAAUAGAGCCUUUUAUCUUUUAUCUCGAAAAAGGACUUCUCUCGAAACUUACUGCGGU